CGGUUCGCCAUUGGUUAAGCUCGCGUCUGGGGCGUUUCACCGGGACUGCCCGGUUGUGUCCGGGUAAGAUGGCGUUGGAAGAGCAGUGCUCGGCACCAUCUCGAUGGCGGUCCAUAUCUCUGACACACGUCGAGUUCCCGGAAGGCGAUCUGACGGGACACUUGCUGGCCUACUUCAGUCUCCUACCCAUUGCGAUCCUCGUGGGUUUUGUGACACUCAUAGUGUUUAAACGGGAGCUGCACACGAUUUCCUUCUUUGGUGGCCUAAUCCUGAAUGAAGGGGUGAACUGGGUGCUGAAGCAUAUUCUCAGAGAGCCGCGCCCAUGUGCAGGAACUCACAAUACCCUGCACACAGAAUAUGGGAUGCCCUCCAGUCACUCCCAGCUUAUGUGGUUCUUUGUUGUUUACUUUUUUCUUUUCCUUUAUUUAAGAAUGCAUCAAACGAACAAUGCUCGAUGUGUGGACCUGCUGUGGAGACACAUACUGUCCAUCAUCCUGUUGGGCACGGCCUUAUUCGUCUCAUACAGCAGGGUCUACCUGUUGUAUCACACCUGGAGCCAGGUUUUCUAUGGCGCAGUGGCCGGCACUACGAUUGGCGUAGUCUGGUUCUUUUUCACACAAGAGAUGCUGACACCAUUAUUCCCCAAAAUAGCAGCGUGGCCAAUAUCAGAGUACUUCCUGGUGCGAGACACAAGUCUGAUUCCCAACAUCUUGUGGUUUGAGUAUACAGUGACCCGAUCAGAAGCAAGGAACAGACAACGAAAGCUUGGAACAAAACUUCAGUGAUCUGCACAGCUCUUCUGUGAAACAGAGUUUAGGAACACACGUACACACACACACACACACACUUGUACACACAAAACAAAUG